AUGGAGGUGCCGCUGGUUAAUUUUGAGAACAUGGAUGAUGUUGGCAUCAACCUGGGAGACCCGAGUGACUCCGGGUACCCGACUUCACCCACCUCAGAGGCCCCAGAUCAAAAUCUUUUAACUCACCGUUUGACUUCCCCUCACCAGUCGCCGCACAGAGGACGACGUGGGCAUCAGUCUGGUCAAGAAGGGUUGUCGCCGUCCACUCCUCAGACUCUGACCACAAAAGCAAACUCCAGCAGUGGCAGUUUGAUCUCUAAUCUGAAGCUCCUGAUCAACAGUGAGUCUCCCACUGACAGUGUCUUCAGUAAGAUGGCGAAGGAUAGCUAUGAGAAUGAGGAUUUGUUUGAAAAGCAAUGUAUGGAAGAAAAAGAUGAGAAAGUCGUCAUCAAUGUUUCAGGCCUGAUGUUUGAGACCCAGCUCAGCACCCUGAGUAAGUUUCCAGAGACGCUGCUCGGUGACCCUAUGAAGAGGAUAAGCUACUUCGACCCGAUGAAAAACGAGUACUUUUUUGACAGAAACCGUCCGUCUUUUGACGGUAUUCUGUACUACUAUCAGUCAGGGGGGAGAAUCCGCAGACCAGCCAAUGUUCCCUUAGAUGUUUUUGCUAAUGAAAUCGUUUUCUAUGAGUUGGGUCAUGAAGCAAUGGAGCAGUUCCGUGAAGAUGAGGGGUUUAUCAAAGAGCCAGAAGUCCUUUUGCCCACCAACGAACUCCAUCGACAAUUCUGGCUCCUGUUUGAAUACCCAGAAAGCUCCAGUGCAGCCAAAUCUGUAGCUCUGGUUUCUGUGCUUGUCAUCGUCAUUUCCAUCUUCAUCUUCUGCCUAGAGACUCUCCCAGAGUUCAGGGAUGACAGUGACAUUGUCCCGGGUUUAACCCAAAUCAUCAACGGGAGCCAAGACAGUUCUGCUCCUCAUCCCGCCACUAAAGACGUGAUGGCAUAUAUCACAGAUCCCUUUUUCAUUGUGGAGACUAUUUGUAUCAUUUGGUUCUGCUUUGAAGUUGGUGUUCGUUUUGUGGUGUGCCCGAGCAAAAGUGAUUUCUUCAAUAACAUUAUGAAUGUCAUUGACAUAGUUUCUAUUAUUCCCUACUUCGUUACCUUGGGAACAGAGCUGGCCACGACCCCUGAUGAUGAUAUGAACUCGAGUCAGAACAUGUCUCUUGCAAUUCUACGAAUCAUCCGUCUAGUGAGAGUUUUCCGAAUUUUCAAGCUCUCCCGACACUCGAAGGGGCUUCAGAUCUUGGGGCAGACCUUGAAAGCCAGUAUGAGGGAACUUGGGCUGCUCAUCUUCUUCCUUUUUAUAGGAGUCAUCCUAUUUUCAAGUGCCAUCUACUUUGCAGAAGUGGAUGAGCCCCAGACGCAGUUUGUUAGCAUCCCUGACGGUUUCUGGUGGGCUGUGGUGACAAUGACCACUGUAGGAUACGGAGACAUGUGCCCCAUCACGAUGGGAGGCAAAAUGGUCGGGACCCUCUGUGCCAUUGCCGGUGUCUUGACCAUUGCCUUGCCCGUCCCUGUCAUUGUCUCCAACUUUAACUAUUUUUACCACCGUGAAACUGAGCAGGAGGAGAAACAGAUCAUGGAUGCAGCCGCAGAGGCUGCCCAGAAAAUGUCAGCUGCAAACAAGUAUGGAAGCACACCUUCACUAAACAAAAGUAACGGCACCUGGCAGAAUGAGAAAAACGGCAUGCACUGA